AUGGCAUUAGCUAAUUUUACUAAAUUGAAAUCUAACAGCUCCAUAGCUGUCGUUGGAAGUGGUGUUUCAGGUUUGACAUUUACUUAUUUUUUGAACAAAUUGAGACCAGAUUUGAAAAUUACCAUUCUUGAUGAGCAAAAGAAAAAUGGUGGUUGGUUAUACUCUUACAAAUUUCAAGAUUCGAAUGAUAAUAAUAAAGAUGUCAUGUUGGAGAAAGGACCAAGAACAUUAAGAGGUAAAUCUCUUGGUACUGCUAUUAUAAUUGAUAUUAUUAAAAAAUUAGAACAAUUUGAAAAAGUACAAACUAUCUCACCUCUAUCAGAUGCCAACAAGAAAUUUUUAUUAGACGUUAAUAACAACUUAGUUAAAGUUCCAAAUAAAAUUUUAAGUUUCGAUAGUAUUAAUUUAUUAUUCUUUAAUUCAUUAGGUAAAAAUAUCUUCACCAGUAUUAUUGGGGAACCAUUUAGAAGCAAAAAAAUAUUAUCAAAGAAUGAUGAUGAGACUGUUUCUAGUUUUCUAAACAGACGAUUUGGUAAAUCUAAUUCAGUGAGUAAUAAUUUGAUGAGUGCAAUUUAUCAUGGUAUUUAUGCAGACGACUUAAAUAGAAUGUCAUUAAAAAAACAAAUCCAGCAUUGUUCAAUGUUAGAAAGAACGUAUGGAUCAAUUAUUAAAUCAUUGUUUUCAAGUGAUUCCAGCUCAAAUGCUGUGCAAGAACAAACUGAAUUGACUAGAUAUGAUCAACAUUUUAAUAACAAAAAUAGUGAGAUUUUUAAAUUAAAUAAACAAUUAGAAAAGUUUCCAAUGUUAGGAAUAACUGGUGGUUUGCAAAGCUUUCCGAACAUGAUUUCUAAUUAUUUGGUUAAUAAAUGUUUACCGAACGUUAAGAUUAUUCGUGAAGCUCGUGUUGAUAAUAUAGAGGAUUCAAAGGAUAAAGUGAUUUUGAAUUUUGAUGACGAAAAAAAUAAACCUAUGGAAUUUGAUCAUGUUAGAGUCACUAGUAAUCCAAUGAAAUUGAAAAGCUUUUUCAAAGGAUCAAAAGAAAUUGAAGAAAAAUUGAGAAAUUACAAUUCUGUUACAACAUUAUUAGUGAAUUAUUACUUACCAAAUAAGGAUGUCAUAAAAUCAAGAUAUCAUAGUUUCGGUUAUUUAGUUCCACAAGCUAAUGAGAACAAAAAUAGUUUAUUAGGUGUUAUUUUUGAUUCAGUUAUUGAAAAAAACUUUCAAUCGUUAGAAAAAGGCAAAAACAUUGUUCCAAAUGAAUAUACAAAAUUGACAUUGAUGAUGGGAGGACAUUAUUUAGAGAAAAAAAAUUAUACCGAAACUCAAAUCAAUGAUAGUCAAUAUUGGAUUUCAAAUGCUAAAGAUUGUUUGAGUAAACAUUUAGGAAUUGAUAAACAAGAUUUGGAUAAUGGUCAUUUUGAAUUCACAGUUGCUAAAAAUGGUAUUCCUCAGUAUUUUGUUGGGUACAUGGAAUGGGCCAAUGAUUUUGAGAAGUUAAUAAGUGAUACUUAUAACAAUAAGGUCUCAUUGGGUGGUAUGGGAUUCUCAAGGGGACCAGGCGUUCCAGAUGUCGUUGUUGACAGUCUAGAUAAUGCUAUUAAGUUGAGUGGUAAAUAA